ACAAAAAGUGGGUACAUGGACAGGGCUUGUGUGGGGAGUAUGAAGGCCACGCUUCCACACAUUUCUAAUACUAAUACAAUUUCACUGUAUCCAUAUUCUACAUCCACUUUCUUAUCUACUCAUCUCUUCUUCCCCUUCUCACAGACACAGUACGGAGAAGUAGGAAGAGAAAAAGGAGAGAGAAUGGCCCUGCCUGCACCCACAAGGCUUGAGGCUACCAAGUCCUGUCCAUUAGCCUCCACUGGCAAUGUUGGCCUGCGACGUCCUAUGGACCGUUUUGCUUUGAGAUCCUCCUUCUUUUCUCCGUCUAUUCACCUCUUGUUGCCCCCUAAUCAACACCGUGCUCUCCCUUCUACUGCGCCUAAAAUCUCCAUGCGUGUGGCCUCCAAGCAAGCCUAUAUCUGCCGUGACUGCGGAUAUAUUUACAACGACAGAACUCCAUUUGAGAAACUACCUGAUGGAUACUUCUGUCCAGUUUGUGGUGCUCCAAAGCGAAGAUUUAGGCCAUAUCAGCCUGCUGUGGCAAAAAAUGCUAAUGACAUGGAUGUUCGGAAAGCACGGAAAACACAGAUCCAGAAAGAUGAAGCAAUUGGGCGAGCAUUACCUAUUGCUAUUGUGGUUGGAAUUGCAGCACUUGCUGGUUUAUACUUUUACCUCAACAGCACUGUCUAGGUCGCAUUCGGGCAACUCUUAUCCUGUGCUUAUCCGGAGUACUUAACAGCCCAUUCAUGUGAUUUCAUUUUAUUUGUAGAACUUUUAUCCACUUCAAUCAUACUAUUGCCUCCAUUUCCUGAGCAGAAAUCUCUUUUUUCCCCAUUUA